AUAAACGUAAUGCUCGCUUCUAUAAUACCGUCUCUACAUGGAAUGCGGAACUCUUGGGGACCCUUAGCCAAGGUCUUAAAGCUUAUAUUCCUAUGUUUUCUAGCCCUGAAACGGCUGAGUCUUUACAUAGAGAACUUUCUAAGCUUGGUUAUAGGGGGAAAUGUUUCUCCAGACUCCUUUCUGAAGAGAAGAAAAAAGAUAUUUUUGGUAAUGUGAAUAAUGCCGUAGAUGGUCUGGACUAUUUAAUCGCUACUCCCGUUAUGACAUGCGAAUGCGUAUCAGAUGCUUCAUCGAGUAAGAAUCUUAAAAGAGAACUGAGUCCACAUAUUAACCGAUCUUCGCCAGAAUUAUCUAUCUUUACCCCAAAUCCAUUACUCGAGACUCAGCUCUAUAAUGUCUCAAAGACCAAUCUCUCCAAGAAUGAUUUUGUAGGAACUCUCGCAAACUGCUUUCGCGAAUGUGAAUAUGAGAUCCUGAAUGGGGAAGUCCUUCCAGCCAUUUACCCAGAACAGACCGCUAAAGUUGGAGCUGAAUUAUCCAAAGCCAUUCGAGCAAAUAAAAAGGAUUUAGAUCUUGCGAAAUGCAAAGCCUUAGCCGAUGCCCCAAAUAUAGACACGCUCAAAGCUGCAGAAAUUAUGGAGGCUCUUGACAAUGAAAUUCCAGUUGACGAAACUUCUCGUCUAGCCUUACAGAAGUUUAAUCUCGCUUCCUUCUACCAUAUAGAACCUGAGAAAAUUUCUGAGAUUUUUGUUGCGGAUUAUGCCAAACCUGAAAUGAAAAAAGCUUUUAGCGGUCUCUCUCUUUCCCUUCUGCCCCAAGAAGAAUUAUAUGAAAGGCACAAGGAAGCAAUCAAGCGUGAUUCUCGUGAAAAGGCUUCGUGCACUUCGACCCUACUCCAUAUUAUAACUCUUGAUGAAAUUCUUCGCAGACUGGGCUUUACAGCUGGUAUCUAUACUACCUACCCUGUUUCGAGAACAGUCUUCGAGACACAUCUGCAAAAUUUUAUUGCAGACUUUAAGGCAAAUGAGUGUCGAUACUAUGCCUCAUUUG